CUGAGUCCAUUGCUUCGACAAACCCUCUCCUGCGCAACAACCAAGCACCCGCAGCCACCAUGAGCGACACCAAUGGCAAGGCUCCAGUCAAUGGCGCCAGCAGUGCGGCAUCGCAUGCCCAAGAGCCCAUCAUCAAGGUCCAGCCACCGCGACGAGAGGACCUCCAGCCCAGCUAUGCUCGGGUCAUCCAGCCUGACGAUGCCGACGCCGAUACCAACGGAUGGUAUGGCGGUAUGAUCAACACGCUUGGCAGCUGCAUUGGCACUCUAGGAGCGAUUCCCUGCUGCAUCAUCUGCCCGAAUCCAUACAAGCCCGUCAACCAGGGCAACGUGGGGCUCGUCACCAAGUUCGGACGCUUUGCCCGCGCCGUGGAUCCCGGUCUCGUCUAUGUGAACCCGCUGUCGGAGCAGCUCACCCAGGUCGACAUCAAGGUGCAGAUUGUCGAGGUGCCCAAGCAGGUCUGCAUGACAAAGGACAAUGUCUCGCUGCAGCUGACGUCGGUCAUUUACUACCGCAUUACGUCGCCGCACAAGGCCGCCUUUAGCAUCAGCAACAUCCGCCAGGCGCUUGUCGAGCGCACCCAGACGACACUGCGUCAUGUUGUUGGUGCGCGUGUCUUGCAGGACGUGAUUGAGCGCCGAGAGGAGAUUGCCCAGUCGAUUCGUGAGAUUAUCGAGGAGCCUGCGCUUGGCUGGGGUGUCGAGGUCGAGUCCAUGCUCGUCAAGGACAUCAUCUUUAGCCAGGAACUCCAGGACUCGCUGUCCAUGGCUGCCCAGAGCAAGCGUACCGGUGAAGCCAAGGUGAUUGCUGCGCGAGCCGAAGUCGAAGCCGCAAAGUUGAUGAGGCAAGCUGCCGAUAUCUUGUCUUCUGCCCCCGCCAUGCAGAUCCGCUAUCUCGAAGCCAUGCAGUCCAUGGCCAAGAGCGCAAACUCCAAAGUCAUCUUCCUGCCUGCCCAGAACCAAACGGUGCAGAGUGCCCUGGCUCAAGCAGACGCUGCAGGCGAAGGCCCCAGCUCUCACGGUGUCUCGAGCAACUCCCUGGGCGUCCACAGCUCCGCCGCCCACGAAUACGGUGCCAAUGACGCGGGCUUCCAGAGCGCCAUCAACUCGCAUGUCAUCCAGAACAUGUAGAGGAAUGAAUCACUCCAACUUUUCCAUGAUAUAUCAAGUUUGAUCAACUUUGGAAACAACGUCUCUCAAAGGACAUGGGUACUUGGAACUCCACAUUCCGAUAUUCCACUACUUCAAUUUAGCCCUCCCCCCCCUUCCCCUCCCGCUCCUAAUCACCCACCCUCUGUUUUAUCUAUAUAUACACAGUAACGGUUUCAAGUUACGCGCGACGCAGGAGAGAGACAGAAAGAGAGACAGAAAGAGAGAGAAAGAGAUGAUGGAUGACGUGGCCCAUGAUGGUGGCCUGCUUGACUGGACGCGCGGCUUUCUCUUUCUUCUUUCUGUUUUGAGCGGUUACAUCACCUUAUCAUCACUUUUUUUUCUUUCUUUUCGUUUUGGACUUAAC